GCCGCGGCGGCCGCCGAGGACGCAAGACGGAGCCGCGGCCCGCGCUGUCCGGGGAGAAGACGGCGGCCCUUCCGCCUGGGACGACGGGACUUGCGGCGCCAGCCCGCGCCGCCGGACCGCGGAGAGCAGCGCAGAUUCUACUGGAAACGUGUCCCAGAAGUUUUUGCUGUUCAUUUAAGCGAGUCGUGGGACAGCCUGAAACACUCUUGUCUCAGAAGGAUCUGGAGCGGUGCAGUUAAUUCACAGUGUGCUUUUUACAACGUCUAAGAUGGUACGUGAACAAUACACCACGACCACAGAAGGCACCCACAUAGAGCGGCCAGAGAACCAGUCUGUCUACAAAAUCGGCAUCUAUGGCUGGAGAAAGCGUUGCCUCUACUUAUUUGUUCUUCUUUUGCUCAUCAUCCUCCUUGUGAAUCUUGCUCUUACAAUUUGGAUUCUUAAAGUGAUGUGGUUUUCCCCAACAGGAAUGGGUCACCUGCAUGUUACAGAAGAUGGACUUCGCCUGGAGGGGGAAUCGGAGUUUUUAUUCCCACUGUAUGCCAAAGAAAUACACUCCAGAGUGGACUCAUCUCUGCUUCUGCAGGCCACACAGAACGUGACUGUAAAUGCGCGCAACCCGGAAGGAGAAGUUACAGGCAGGUUAAAAGUGGGUCCCAAAAUGGUAGAGGUCCAGAGUCAGCAGUUUCAGAUCAACUCCAAGGACAGCAAGCCACUGUUUACUGUUGAUGAAAAGGCAGUUGCGGUUGGUACAGACAAACUUCGAGUAACUGGGCCUGAAGGGGCUCUCUUUGAACAUUCAGUGGAGACGCCCCUCAUAAAACCGGACCCAGUCCAGGACCUUAGACUAGAAUCCCCGACACGGAGUCUCAGCAUGGACGCCCCGAAAGGCGUUCAUAUUCAAGCUGCUGCAGGGAAAAUCGAGGCCCUUUCCCAGAUGGACAUCGUUCUUCACAGCAGUGAUGGGACACUUGUGCUCGAUGCUGAAACCAUGUGUUUACCCAAGUUGGCUCAGGGGACUCAGGGUCCCGCAAGCAGCUUGCAGGGACUCUACGAAAUCUGUGCGUGUCCAGAUGGGAAGCUUUACCUGUCUGUGGCCGGCGUGGGUACCACAUGCCACGAGCACAGUCACAUCUGCCUCUAAACCAGGGGCGUCUUCCACGGAGCUACCUGCCUCGUUUCGGUGAGCUUCGGAGUGCUGACCUCAAGCCUUCACACCUGGAGCAACUCGACAAAGUAAAGCUGAGUUGGCACAUGGGAAGGAAGUAGGACCUGCUUUCGAAAGGAGCUCAGAAAGAAAAAUGUACCAGUGCAAGUGUUCCCAUGAAACUCCAUGAUCUCAAAGUGGCGGCUGGACCUUAGACACAAAAGUCAAAGGACUAUCAGGAGAAUGUGUUGAUUCCACUAGACUGAUUCAUUUCCAUCAGAACCAUUGUGACUUUCCCUUUCUUGUACGCGUCGAUCUACAGUGAAAUAUUGAACUGCUGUGUGGAAUAUCAGCUGUGGGUAUCUGACUCCCCAUGAGAGUAGCUGUGGUCCUGCUGAGGUGCCGCGAGAGUUCCAUGAGGUUUUCCUCUGUAAAACCUGUAAGUGCUCUCUUCAUUUUAAUGCAACGUGUGUCAGGUUUCACAAGAAAAUCUUCAAGUUUUGAAGGGACGUUAAGGCUGAUUUGAUUUUCAAUGUGUAGUCAGAGGAAUAAAUUAUACAAAACCAUG